AUUUCUAUUUUCCCCUUUGUUGGCUCUGGAACAACAAUCCCAAAAAGAGAUCUCUAUAUCCCCUUGUAAAUCCGAAUCAUCAUCUCUCCCACGGUCGCUUCUUCACGACGGAUCUACGCCGGUAAUCAUCUCUUCUCACCUCUCGCGCAUUCCACCUCUUCUGAUUCUCUAACCAUCUUCCGCUUAUUUGUAAAUCCGAAAGUUCCCCGAUCAUGAAUUCGAACUACGGGAAGAGAUCAUCGGGAUCCUCGACCAACAACGCCUUCGAUUUCGAUCUCGGCCUCGGAUCUAACCAAGGAGGCAGACCUCUGAAUGCGCAGAAGAGCCAAACGCCUUCUUAUUCUCAGCAGCCGAGACCCGCGUUCCAGCCUGGGAAGCCUUCGUGGACGCAUCAGCCCGCGCCUAAGCAGACGACGAUCAGAUCUGAGAUCGGUGGACCGACUUCGAUGGUGGGAGAUAUCCACGGGAAGACGUGGAGCAGCAGCAGCUCGUCUUCCGGAUCCGGUUCGGGUAUUGGGAUCGUUAACAAGGAUCCGAGCUUGUUCGGAGAUCUGGUUGGAUCGGUUAUUGGUAAAUCCAGCGGAAACGUGCCGCUGAAGAAAGCUCCGCCUGCUAAGGGAUCUUAUUCCAUGGGGAAUCUUGCUGAUGCGUUGCCAAAAACAACAACGGGUAAUUCGAUGAACAGUGGUGGUGGUGGUUGGGGUUAUAAUGGUAAUUCGGGUGGAUACUCCAGUUCUGGUGGUGUUAAUGCUAGUAGCAGUGUCAAGAAUCCAAAUCUUGGAGGUCCUUCGAUGAAGAGUAUGUCUGGGAGCAAUCUAAGCGGCUCUGGGAACAGCGAUCCGUUUGGUAAUUUGGUUGGUUUCGGAUCGAAACCAUCAGGAAGUAUCAAUUCCGCCAAGGCUAAGAGUGAUGGUGGUGAUGCUUUUGGGACAUUCCAAUCUGGAGUGGCGAAUCCUAGCGGUGGUUUUGCCGGAACAACAACAAACACUCAGAACGAUGACUUUGGGGGUUUCCAGGACGCUGCGAAGUCAAGCACAUUCUCAGCAGGAGGGUUUGCGAGUAGCUUUGAUGCUUCCAACGCUGGUUUUGGUGUGCAGUCAAGUGUUAAAGAUGAUCCGUUAGGAAUGUUUUCUACCUCCAAUAAUACUUCAGCGGCUGCGGCUGCUACGCCGCAGAGUGAGGACUGGGGGUUUGAAAGUUUCGACGGUGGGGCUGAUUCUGGCGGCGGUUCAACCACCGAGCUUGAUGGGUUGCCGCCACCUCCACCGGGUGUGUCGGCUGCAUCAGCUAAGAGCAAGGGGAUUGAUAACCAGAGGCAGGGUCAGUAUGCCGAUGCCAUCAAGUGGCUCUCUUGGGCUGUGAUUCUCUUGGAGAGAGCUGGCGAUGACGCUGGGUCUGCGGAGGUGCUUUCCACUAGGGCCUCGUGUUACAAAGAAGUCGGAGAGUAUAAGAAGGCUGUAUCAGAUUGCACAAAGGUACUUGACCAUGACGAGAAGAAUGUGACGAUUCUGGUACAACGAGCACUCUUAUACGAGAGCAUGGAGAAAUACAAGCUGGGAGCUGAAGAUCUAAGGAUGGUUCUGAAGAUCGAUCCCGGGAAUAGAAUCGCUAGAAGCACCGUUCACCGCCUAACCAAAAUGGCUGGGUGAUUGAUCGAUUCAUUUGAUCAACAACCUUCAUAUACAGAUAUUUCCUUAAUUGUCUCGAAACGUAAACAAAAAAGACCCUUCAGAAUCUUCUUCUGCUAUCUUUCUCCCAAUUCCGUUUCGUCUCUCAUCGAUGGACCUUGCGUAUGUGUACUCUUUCUUGAGUUUUUUUUUUUUGAUGGGUCAAGUUUAUGAGUGUGUGUGGGUUAUGAAUGUAUUGUCAUAAAUGUGGAUUCUCUUAUACAUUACAUUUUCUUUUUGAAUUUAUCACGGAAUGUUUAACCA